AUGUCAUCUCCAUCCAACACAAAGCUUGGACCGGAACAACUAAGGCCAUAUUACGAUCAUGACAGCUUUGAUGCUGGCUAUUCAGUCAUUUUCAAGAAGGGUGUGGGAUUAAUCGACCCAAAGACAAGUAAACCCAUAACAGCAAACUUGUCAUCGAAUAUAAUUGAGAAGCAAGUGAAUGGAAACAAUUUCGGUUCAUCACCUGGACUAAUACGGAGAGCAUUCGAUAGACAAGGAGGUGUGGGAAUACAGACGAAUAAAGUUGCUGGUGAUAAGAAUUUUAUUUACGAUUUGGAAUUCAGCGAGUAUUUUGAUGUCAAUAAUAUGCUUGAGUUGUUGAAGAAUUUAUUUUGGACUUUAUUCAAGGAUUAUGUCAAGGUGCUAGCUGCCCAGCCCUUGGAAAUUACUCGAUUGGUUUUACAAGUUGGUAAAUUUAACUUUAAUGGUAAGAAGAAGGAGGAGAAGCUGAAGAGGUUGUUAGAUCUGAGCCAAUCCUUAUCUUCAUCUAGCGCUUCAUUGAAGAGUGCAACUGGAGAGCUUGAACUGUCGACUCAUCAACAGCUUGGAUUUGUCGACGAAGAAGAACCGAUCGAUUAUUUUCAGUCGCAAAGUGAUCUGCAAGUGUGGGCCAAUCCAAACACCACCUACGAGCCAGCAACGCCUGCCCCACCGGCUACUGACAAGUUUGUACCACCACCACUCAAGCGAUUGAGUACUAAGAAAAGGCUUCGUGUGUACAAGAUACAACCAAAGUCAUUGCACACGAUGGAAAUCAUGUCCGCAAUUGCUAGUAAGGACUCCUUUUUGGGGUUGUUUAGAGGAAUCAAUGCGUCCUAUCUUUACCAGGUAUUGUCCCACAUGAUUGAAGCUUAUAUAACUGGAUUUGUUUCGCCAUUCUUGGGUAUCCCAGAUCCGUUCUUUCUUGAUUUGACUCAUUCGAACGAUCCUUUUAAAUCGUUGUGGUUGUCUGUUUCAGCAUGUGUGUUAACUGGAUUGGUAAUGAUGCCAUUGGAUUUGAUACGAGUCAAGUUUAUGAUUACCCAGCCAACUUCCAUUGCUUUGACUAAUAAUGGCAACAACGAAGACCCUAUGCAGAUUGUCGCCGAAGAAGUUGUGCAAAACACGAGAUCAUUUAGAGAAUCAAUCAGAAAUUUCCCCACGUAUUAUUUGAAACACCCACCCACGCCAAUCAUUUUCUUCACAACCAUGUACCAAUUGUCAACCACUGUGUUUAGGAAAAUGGCACCAUAUUUGCUAUAUAUCAAGUUUAACAUUGAUGCUUACUCGUCACCAACUAUAUAUACUUUCGUCAACUUGCUUUCACUGAUUGGUGAGUUCUUUGUCAAGUUGCCGGUUGAGAACUUGUUGCGUAAAGAGCAAGUUCGUUUCUUGUUGGAACCAAAAGUUCACGAUAAGAAAAAGGUAAUUACUAUUGUGAAACCUGAAGAGAAUAUGAUUGUUGAGUUUAAUGGAGCUACCUCUGCACCAGACGGUGAGGACCUCACUGCAUGGCAAAAAGUAAAACAGUUGGGAUUGUUUAAUGGUUGGAGAGUUGGUUUGUUGAAUGUAGUUGGAUUUUGGGGUUACAACAUUUUCAAAAACAGCAGUAAUGCAUUGAAAGAGGAAAGAUUAUAG